ACUGAUAGAACUCUCACUGCUCACCCACCUCUCUCACUGAGCGGUGUCUUGUUCUGCUAAGUACGAGAAGUGGAACUAUUACCUGCCCAGCUGUAGUAGGAGGGCGUGGAACGGUGGUGGUUGUUGCUGUGUUGCGGCGCCCUUGAUAUAGGAGGCAAUGGUAGCAAGAGGGUCGUUCGCCUACAGGAGGAGGUUGUGGGCGGCUAUCAUGGGCGUGAUGUUCUUGUUGUUCGGGUACACCGGCGUUUUGCUCUCCAGAUGCCCUUACAACAUCGCCUACAGCAAGGCAGCAGGCCGGACGCCGCACCCACUCUUGGACGCCCACACUCAGGGAGAGACGCUGACGGGGGAGGAACCAUCAAACGACAGAGGGCCUGCCGCUGGGCCCCUCGUGGUGCUGUUGCUGAGCUCCAUGCCUCGCAGCGGCUCCACGCUGCUCACUGACCUGCUCGGCAAGAUCCAGGACUCCGUGGCGGUGUUUGAGCCGCUGUGGCUCAUCGAGAAGACCGAGUGUUUCAAAGACGAGGCGUGCAUUCAGCGAUACUUGGGGGAGAUUUUCUCCUGCACCUUCAGUGAUGACUUCGAGAACUGGCUCAAGGGGAAGGGUCUGUUUUUCCAGUACUUUAAUGAACAGGCGCGGAAGUGCCUUGCUCAGAAGGGAAAGGAGAAAGAUGCCUGCUUGAAGGCCAUGAACCUGCGGGCGCUGUGCGCGGCGACGUCCGUGGUAGUGGUGAAGGUGGUGCGCGCCAGGAUGGCGUGGCUGCACAACAUGCUCGAGGACUCGCUCAUCAACCUGAAGGUGCUGCAGCUGACGCGGGACCCGCGGGCCUCCCUCAGGUCCAUCGCCACCUUCGGGUGGGACAGCAACCCCCCCUCGCGGUGCGCGGAGCUCGAGGACGACCUGCUGACGUACGAGAGGAUGCGGCAGGCGUUCCCCGACAAGGUGCUGCAGGUGCACUACGAGCGGCUGUGCCUGCACCCCACGGAGGUCACCAAGGACAUGUUCCGCUUCCUGCUGGACAACGCCACGCUGCCCGCCGCCGUCACCGCCUACGUGCAGCAGCACCUGCUCAGCGGCACCAGCAAGAAGGGCACCAUGACCACCUUCAAGAACAGCUCGGAGGAGUUCCAGGCGUGGCGCUUCAAGAUAAAGGAGAAGCAGCUCAUGGCCAUCGAGGCUGAGCCCGCGUGCCAGCGCGCCAUCCGCCACAUGGGGCACGCCACCUUCGGGUCGGAGGCGUCAGCCAGGAACACCUCCCUGCCACUCAUACUCAACGCCACCUAGAUGCGCCAGUCCCUCCCGCCCAUUCGCCACCUCGUCCUCGUCGUCACCGCACACCGCCGCCUCCUGAUGGUGGAGACCACCGCGCCUACACCUAUGCUGAUGUGCUGGGUCUGCUUGGUAAUUGGACCGCCAGGAGGCACCACGGGUUGUGUGUGUGUGUGUGUGUGUGUGUGACCACUGUCUUGUAGAUCACGUGCUGGAUUCGUGAUCACCAAUUCCCAAAGAAAGCUGAGAGGUCAUGUUGUUCGAUGUUCGAACAAAGCCGAGAUUCUUCAGAGAGAGAGAGAGAGAGAGAGAGAGAGAGAGAGAGAGAGAGAGAGAGAGAGAGAGAGAGAGAGAGAGAGAGAGAGAGUAUAUUCGCACCAGACACCUGCGUCUACACCGAUAUGUCUUCUAAUUAAGCUCAACUUCAUCAGUAAUUAAAACUUUUGAAUAUAU